GCCAAACUCACAAAAGUUUCAGUAACCUGGGAGAAGAAGGAUCUGAGCGGACUCGUUUACAAGUAUCAGAAUGCCGCACCGGUUCUUGGGGACCAGAACUCACAGUUCAAAGGGAGGACUCAGCUUUUCCCUGAUGCUUUAGUCACAGGUAAUGCCUCUCUGCUGCUGAGGGCUGUGAGAAGUACAGAUGCGGGUGUGUACACCUGUGCUAUCAGCUCCUCUACUGCAGGAGGAAAGGUCAACAUUAACCUCAGAACUGCAGCCUUUUCAGCCCCCACAUUUAACGUCUUAGAUGGCAACCUGGUUGCAACGGCGAGCAGAUGGUUCCCUAAACCACAUGUGACGUGGUUGAAAUAUGAUAACAAAGUCCUGAAUGGAAUCACAAACUUCACAGAAGACACUGCAGGGAUGUUCAGUGUAGUCAGCAAGCUGCAGCCCGUCAACAUCAGCGACACAUACACCUGCAGGAUUGAAAAUAACCUGGUGACUGCCGUCUCUGAGGCAACUGUAACAGGUGUUUCUGGUGUUUCGGAAAACACGUACUUCACCUACAGUGCUGCAUCGUCUUUGCUGGCAUCAACUUACCUGAGCAUUAUGACCACUGUCCUCUGCAUCUAUUAUCUCACCUAAUAACACACACACUCUUACGCUCUGCAUUUUCUCAGUCCACAUUUAUAAUGUCUUUUUACUUUUCUUGUAAGUGUCAUGUUUUAAUUUAACGCUCCAUCUAGGUCAUUAAAUGUUUCAAAAUUUCAGUUAGCUUGAGUUGUUUUUGUUUUUAUUUGUCUUUCUGCUAAAACGAAGGAUGAACCACCAUCCCUGUGUAGAAACAGCAGAAAAUAAAACAGUAUAUUAAAUGUAAGCAUAUUAUCUUAUCAAAUGAGUGACCUAACAUACUGUUUUUUGUAUUACUGAUUUAUCUAAUAAAUACAAUUCAUUUUAGUUGUUC